AUGUCCAAGUUCUUCGAGGACCUAUGGGAGUCCAUCUUCACCCCCGGACCGACGCCUAGUCUCCUCAUCGCCACGAAUGUCACCUUCGCCGCCUUGCAGGUCGUCCUUGGCGGCCUGCUCUUUGCGACAUACAGCAUCCACUUCGUGAUACUGUCCAUCUUGUGCGGUGGGCUGUGGUGGGCCAUCAACUGGUUUGCGCGGGAGCUCAAGGCCAGUCAUGCCCGGGAGUUGAGCGAGCAGGCAAAGGUCGCACGAAAGACUGCGCCGCUGUCCUCGUCGGACAGCGAGACAGAGGUGGAAACCGUCAUCGCGAAAGCAACGGAUAAGCCUAUUACGGGGAGCAAGGAGGUGGAGGCAACUGAGCAAACCGGCGAGUUGACGCGUCGCCAGACCGAGGCAUCAUCCCAGGGAACCAAGUCAAGCGUCAGCACCGAGGACGAGUGGGAGAAGGUCUCUGAGAGCGAGAACGAGAAGAAUAAAUAG